UACUAGCAAUGGAUAAGAAUGCCAUUUUGUUGUAUUCUUGUCAGCUCCAAAAAAUGUGCAGAUGCAAGAAUUGUAUCUGUUUAAAGUUUAACUUAAUCUUCAAUGUCUUACUUAGUCUUAGAUUGGUCCACUACACAAGACGACAUGAAGGAGUGUGUGCUCCUAGUGUUCUUGACUUUGUGCUCUGCCAAGCCCUUAUUCCGCCCUUCGCACAUGACACUGAAGAAUAUGAUGCUGAAGGACAUGGAAGAUGAAGGUGAUGGUGACACUGACCCUGACAACUCUCUUUUUCCAGCAAGAGAAUCAGUUAACCCCUUCUUCCCAUUCGAUCUGUUUCCAACAUGUCCGUUUGGAUGCCAGUGCUACUCAAGAGUUGUACACUGUUCUGAUCUAGGUUUGUCCUCCGUCCCAAGCAACAUUCCAUUUGAUACUCGAAUGGUUGACCUUCAAAACAAUAAAAUUAAGGAAAUCAAAGAAAAUGAUUUUAAAGGACUCACUUCACUUUAUGCUUUGAUUUUGAACAACAACAAGCUAACAAAGAUUCAUCCAAAAGCCUUUCUAACCACAAAGAAGUUGAGAAGGCUAUAUUUGUCCCACAAUCAACUAAAUGAAAUACCACUUAACCUUCCCAAAUCAUUAGCAGAACUCAGAAUUCAUGAUAAUAAAGUUAAGAAAAUACAAAAGGAGACAUUCAAAGGAAUGAAUACUUUACAUGUUCUGGAAAUGAGUGCAAACCCUCUUGAUAGUAAUGGGAUUGAGCCAGGGGCAUUUGAAGGGGUGACAGUGUUCCAUAUCAGAAUUGCAGAAGCAAAACUGACUUCAAUUCCUAAAGAACUACCAUCAACUUUAUUAGAGCUUCAUUUAGAUUAUAAUAAAAUUUCAACUGUGGAACUUGAGGAUUUUAAACGAUACAAAGAUCUGCAAAGGCUGGGCCUAGGAAACAACAGAAUCACAGAUAUCGAAAAUGGAAGUCUUGCUAAUAUACCACGUAUAAGAGAAAUACACUUGGAAAACAAUAAACUAAAAAAAAUCCCUUCAGGAUUACAAGAAUUGAAAUACCUCCAGAUAAUCUUCCUUCAUUCUAAUUCAAUUAUGAAAGUGGGAGUGAAUGACUUCUGCCCAACAGUGCCAAAGAUGAAGAAAUCUUUAUACAGUGCAAUAAGUUUAUUCAACAACCCAGUGAAGUAUUGGGAAGUACAACCUGCAACAUUUCGUUGUGUUUUGAGCAGAAUGAGCGUUCAGCUUGGGAACUUCAGAAAGUAAUAAUUAGUAAUCGAUAAUAUCCAUUUAAUACAAAAUUCAAAAAUGUUACUUUUGGAAUACUUGAACUAUAUUAAUAAUGGUGGUAUUAUACAUGGAAGCAAAAAUCUAUUCCCAUGUGUUAAGUCCCAUGUCUUACUUUAGGACAAAAAAUUUCAACAGAAUUUUGCAAAACUAUUGAUAAAUCAAGAUUGAGAGAAACAAGCAUCUAUUGCAGUUUUCUUCUACAAACAAAUGAUUUUGCAUAUAUCUCAUGCUUAAACAUUCUUCCCCACUAACAAAACAAGAGACAUUCAAUAUUUAACACUUUGUUAUCAAGUGCAUUUUUAAAAAGAACUGUACUGUAAAUGGAAUGCUUGACUUAGCUAAAUCUGUGCUUUCAUUUGCUGUUAGAAAAACAAAAUUGACAAGGACAGUAAUAUGAAGAGGACAUUAUACUCUCAUUAUUCUUUCUUUAAUAACUCGGGUAGUACUAUAAUAUUUCUAAUAAUGUUGAAGUAUGGUUUAAUAUAAUCUUAUUCAAAUUCUCAUGUCUUAGAGCCUUACUGUCUAUAUGUUUAAAACUAACCCUUUAUAAUAAAGUCCUCUGUAAGUGUUCAUUACUAACUCAACAGGUGCUAUUCACAGAGCUGGUUUUUGAGCUAUAGCACAUGCUUUUUUAAAAAAUAAUUAUUACUCGAUUAUAAAACUUCUAUAAAAUGCAUAGUGAGUGUUUACAUAAAAUCUGUAACUCAUAUUUUUUAUUACCACAGUUAUUAUAAGCUUUAAUAGUAUAUCAACUGUUAGGUUAUGUAACAUUGUCACUGCAACACUAAGGAAUAUUUUCAAGGUGUCCCUUUGUAAGAUGUUGGUUGGAAGAGCCUGGACACUAUAAAUUCUACACCAAAUUGUCUCCUCAAAUAUGUACAGACUGGAUAACUCUAAAAAACACACUUAGUUUAACUAAUUAGGCAGAGCAUUAAAUAAAACACACAGAAAUUAUAUAAAAUUUAAGAGUAUGUUAUGUAUUUUUUAUUGGCAUUCAACAGAAGUAAAACUAGAAAAUAAGAAAAACAUUAAAAUAUUGGUUUGAAAGAAAACAUUUGUGCUUUGCUUUAAUUUUUCUUCUCUCACCCAAGAACUAUUUUUCAGAAAACUCUAAUUGCUAUACAACUUUUUAAUUUAUUUUUUUAAAUAAAUUUAUUUAUUUAAAUUAGUUUCAAGUCUACAGUAC